AUGGCUACUAAACAACUGACCAUUUUUAUCCAUUCGAUGGACGGCACAGGCCACAUCAAUGCGGCAAUCGGACUUGGGCAAACGGCUUUGAAACGAGGCCACAAGGUUUACUAUCUGCUAAAUGAAGCUUUCAAAGGACAAGCAUCUCUAUUUGGAUUGGCGGAAAUCCUUCUGGUUGAUAAGCCGAAACCCAAACCGGAAACUGAUGUUUCAUCUAAAACUGAAGAUGCGGCUGCUGCGGAGAAUCCAAUCAAAAUGCUCUCUCAGCAACUGCUCUCCACAGGAUUGCUUUCAGGCGCAAACUCAUUGGAAAAACUUAAGUUAAUGGAAAAGGCGGACUUUUUUGAAGACAUGCUUCAGCGAGCAAUUGUGUUUGAGCCGCAAAUUGAAAAAGCACUGAAUGAAAAGAAACCAGAUCUAAUUAUACUGGACCACUUUUACAUUAGUCCUGCCAUUCAACGAUCAGGUUUUUCUACUUCAUCCGACCCAGCCACUUGGACUGAAUUUAGCGAGGUAUAUCAAAAGACAUUUCCUCCAAUGCUCAAGAUUAUGCAAGAACGAUUGAACAAAGAAUUCAACUAUAAGCCUGAAUCUUCUUCUACGCUUGGAAAAAUGGCGUUUCCUCACUCAAAGUACCUUAAUCUGUACGCAUAUCCUCGGGAGCUGGAUUACCAGGACAUUGUUCCUCUACCAGCCAACUACUGCCAGAUUGAUGCUUUCUGCCGAGUGAUGCCUGAGCCGUUUAAAAUUCCGGAAGAGCUCAAUGUGAAACCAGGCGACAAGGUGAUUUAUGUUUCAAUGGGCUCAAUGGGAUCAAUUGACAUUGAGCUAAACAAGAAGUUUGCUUCCAUUCUCGCGAAGACUCCGCAUAAAGUCAUCUUUUCUAAAGGUCCACUGGCUGAUGAGUAUGAACUGCCGGCAAAUGCCUGGGGAGAAGCAUAUGUCCCUCAAACUGCUCUGUUGCCUCAUGUUGAUUUAGUUAUCACUCAUGGCGGAAACAACAGCGUCACUGAAACGUUCAGCUUUGGAAAACCGAUGAUUGUGCAUCCACUUUUUGCUGACCAGUGGGACAAUGCACAGCGAAUUGAAGAGUGCGGAUUUGGUGUACGACUGCGACCAUAUGAUUUCACCGAGGAAGAGCUACUGAGCGCAGUCGACCGACUGCUUAACGAUAAGAAACUGAAUGAGCGACUGAAAGAGGCUGCAAAACGAAUUGAAACCUCAAAUUCAAAAGAGAAAGCUAUUGAGAGAAUGGAAAAACUGGUUGAGCUGCACAAAGUUGUGCAGUAG